AGACCAGCCAUAUAUUUUGGCGUUCUCGCUGAUGAUGCUGCAUACCGACGCCUUCAAUAAGAACGCAAAGAACAAGAUGACCAAAGCUGAUUACGUCCGCAACACCGCGUCCAGUAAGGCUCCUGUCGAGAUCCUUGAGUAUCUCUACGAUAAUUUGAUCUAUGCACAGUUCAUCUACGUCGAGAAUGUAGACGACAUCAAGCGAAGAGUCUCGGAGCCCGUCUCAGCUGACGGUGGCUCCGGCUUCUUCUCAGCCAUAGGGGCAGGCGGGAACAAUGCUUCCAGUCGCGUCAAAGUGGACGCGUACGCUAUGAUCGCUCAAGGCCGAACUACCGAGCUGAAUCCAGACAUCCUAAGCUUGGUUCCAGAGGAGUCUCCCUUCUCGUAUACCGGAACUGCCGAUCAGUUCGAUGUCGAAAGCCUCAACGAUGCCUUCAGCAGAGCCCCGUCGAUCGAAAUUGUCACUCAACGGGGCCCAGCCCUUCCAACUGGUUCUUCGUGGGGAGGCGAUAGUCCGUACUCAAGCACGGCAAUGAUGACCACGCUAAUGCUGGAUCGCGCCCCGGCUCACACCGUCAGCCUUCGGGUGACGAAGGUCGGCUGUGUCAGUCGCAAGGACGACUUGGAAGGCGGCAAAAAAGCACAGUCUCGCAAAUGGAGGACUUGCGGGAUGAUUUUGACCAGCUCGCAGCUCCUCUUCUUCAGAGAUCUCAUCUGGACAUCCGCAUUGGAUCAGCAAAUCUCAGCGCAGACUGAGAAUCACACGGUACCCAACGUGGUCAUCGCUCCUCGCAUCAGUUUCUUCCGCCCGGAUGGCGUCCUUUCUCUCAGCAACGCUUUCGCUGUGCGCGACAUCACUCACAAGAAGUAUGAGAAUGUCUUUCGACUCAUCGCGGACCAGGGCGGACAGACUAAACAGUUCUUGUUUCAGACUCCUAGCGAGGCUGAGAUGAAUGAUUGGAUCGCCAAGAUCAACUUCUGCGGUACUUUUCGGUCCGGUGGCAUUCGAAUGCGGGGCCUCGAUCCUGCACCCGAAGAUGACGACGAUGCAGCUUCGGUCGUGAAUAGGAGCGCGACGUUUGAUUCUUCGACAAUGUCACGGCGCCCGAGUGCAACGCCUUCUUUGGAUGGGAUGACUCUGCCCGGAGCUGCUCUGCCAAGUGCUACACCGAGUCCAACUUCUGGGACGUACUCCGGGCAGCUUGGCGCUGCACUUUCCCAAGAGGCGUCACCUCUGUCUAGCCCGUCGAUUUUUGGUGGACAGAGCUCGGCAGGUUCUACGCCGCUUGUAGGAGUCAUGCGCAGAAGGGUCUAUGCUCGUCGUCGCGAAUUGAAACCUUUCAUUAGGGAAGUAACGGAAAAACUCCAAGAAAAGAGGAGCGAGCUGGACGACAAUCUCCGGCUGGCGAGGCAUUUCGCCGUCCUCACGCCUUUCCAGAAAGUUACGCGAGAUCGCAUCGAGGCGGCAGCCGUGCCUCUGAGUCAAAAGAUCCGUGAGCUGCGUCUUGAAGUUGCCCGACACGCUUCCCGCCGAGACAUCUUGCUUUUGGAGCUUGUUGCAGGCGACCGUGCAGCGCGAGCAGCGGGACCGCCUUCUUCAUUCGUGCUUGAGCCCGAGGAGCAUAGUCGCUCUCCCCGGCUUCGCCAGAGCUUUUCUUCUGUAAACGCAACGGAAAGGGGAAUCGUCGCGCCUAGUCUCGAGUUGCCUUCGAUGAGCCGUUCGAGCUCGAAUCGAAUGGCCAAGCGAGUCAGCGCUGGAGGUCAAGGUCUAAAGAUAUACACAUCCCGCGCGAGGGACAAUGAAGAAGCGGACCCAUCACCCCUCGGGGAUAGAUCUCCCCGCACACCAGAAUGGCGCCAUUCGAGCACUGGAUUCGUGGCAGUCACUCCGGCUUCCAACGCCAAUUUCCACUCGCCCUCUUCGGUGCUGGCUACUCCUGAAUCAGCGACGAGCAAUCGUAGCGCCGACUCCUACUCCUUCCACAUGCGCCAGAUGGAAGAGAAGCCUCGAGGCAUUCAGGCUCUGAGUCAUCGAAGCCCUUGAUUCAGUAGGCAUUGUUAGUGAUGGAUCACUUAGGUACCGCCCAUUCCUUACCCAUGUCACGCAUCUUCUCCCUUCUGUAAGAUAUCCGUCUGCCUUUUACCGGUGACGUGCAGGCCCACAAGCUUCACUGCCUGAAUGGGACGCC